GAGCAGCGGUUAUAUUUUUGUGAGUUUCUAACAAGCUCUUCUCUGGGCGAUCCCUUCCUCUGGUAAUUCCUCCCAGAUUCAUAUGGAGGGAAAGGAGUGGGUGUUGGGUGAGGGAGUGGGUUUGGUGGGCAGAGUCAAUCAAGCUAGGCAGGGAGCCGGGGAGUGUAUGGAGAGAUUAAAUGCUGUUCCACAUCGCUACAGCAGAUCUGUGAUUGGCUUUGGCAAAGCACUCAGGACCUGUUCUGUUUUCAAGCAGCCAGAAGCAUAUGCCUGUCCCAUCGGUGUCCAGGGUUAGACUUGGGCUAAGACGAAUCUAGAUCAUCCAUUUAGGGUGGCAGCAGGUCUGCAGGGGGAAAUGCCCAGGCACUAAUGCAGAGAUGAUUCUGGCGGCAUUGGGGCCAAGCCAACUCCUGGAAGAGCCGAGUCCUAAGGGUGGGGUCACUCAGAGGAAAGGCCAUUCUGUGCCCUGACCUGGACUGUCACAGUUCUCCUUCCUAGCAUUCCCAAGCUCUAACUGAUUUGCGGUCUCCACCCAGAGAGAGGCACGCCCCUCUUUUCCUGUUAGGGGUUCGGAAGGAGCGAUUUGCUGGGAAGGGGUCAGGGUUAGGAGGGAAAGUAUGCAGGUCACCUUCCUUAUGUCUCAUCUUUGCUUCCACUAGGUCCCACCUGAGGUGCCCUUGACCGUCCCUGCCCUCACCCCACCCCGGAUCCCGGCAAUGCUAACCGCUGUCUGUGGCUCUCUGGGCAGCCAGCACACCGACGCGCCUCACGCAUCACCACCGCGCCUCGACCUGCAGCCUCUCCAGACAUACCAGGGUCACACGAGCCCGGAGGUCGGGGACUACCCCUCCCCGCUGCAGCCUGGAGAGCUGCAGAGCCUCCCGCUGGGCCCGGAGGUAGACUUCUCACAGGGCUAUGAGUUGCCAGGGGCCUCCUCACGGGUAACCUGCGAGGACCUGGAAAGCGACAGUCCCUUGGCUCCGGGACCCUUUUCCAAGCUCCUGCAGCCGGACAUGUCACAUCAUUACGAAUCGUGGUUCCGGCCGACUCACCCAGGCACGGAGGAUGGCUCGUGGUGGGACCUACAUCCCGGCACCAGCUGGAUGGACCUCCCCCAUACUCAAGGAGCGCUGACCUCACCUGGCCACCCGGGGGCGCUUCAGCCCGGUUUGGGAGGAUACGUCGGAGACCACCAGCUCUGUGCUCCGCCGCCCCACCCGCACCCGCACCACCUCCUGCCAGCCGCGGGUGGUCAGCACCUCCUAGGGCCACCCGACGGGGCUAAGGCCUUGGAAGCGGCGGCGCCAGAGUCCCAAGGGCUGGAUUCCAGUCUGGAUGCGGCGGCCCGACCCAAAGGUUCCCGGCGGUCUGUGCCCCGCAGCUCAGGGCAGACCGUGUGUCGCUGCCCCAACUGCCUGGAGGCGGAGCGACUGGGGGCUCCGUGCGGGCCGGAUGGCGGCAAGAAGAAGCAUUUGCACAACUGCCACAUCCCCGGCUGCGGGAAAGCCUACGCCAAGACGUCGCAUCUGAAGGCGCACCUGCGGUGGCACAGCGGCGACCGUCCCUUCGUGUGCAACUGGCUUUUCUGUGGCAAGCGCUUCACGCGCUCCGACGAGCUGCAGCGCCACCUUCAGACCCACACCGGGACCAAGAAGUUCCCCUGUGCGGUCUGCAGCCGGGUCUUCAUGCGCAGCGACCACCUGGCCAAGCACAUGAAAACCCACGAGGGCGCCAAAGAGGAGGCUGCGGCGGCGGCGGCCCAGGGCGAGGCCAAGGCCGGUGGCGCGGUGGAGCCGCCCGGGGGCAAAGGCAAACGAGAGGCCGAAGGCGGCUCGGCGUCCUCCAACUGA